AGGCUGCGGUUUCCGGCGCGGGAGUGGCGGAGGCGGGCCGCGGGCGAGAAUAUGUGCUUUUUAAAAGCAGAAGCAUACUCUUUGCCGUAGUACCAUGCUGGCCCAUAGGUAAUCAUUGAAUACAUGGAAAUAAAUUACAUGGAGAUAUGAACAGAAAGAAGUACAUGAAUGAAUUCAUACUUACAAAACUUCAUGCCAGAGGACUUCCUCGCUCCUGACUGCCGCCAUGGCCGCAUCACAGACUUCACAGACGGUGGCAGCGCACGUUCCCUUUGCGGACUUAUGUUCCACUCUAGAACGAAUACAGAAAAGUAAAGGUCGCGAAGAAAAAGUCAGAAACUUCAGGGAAUUUUUGGAUUCUUGGAGAAAAUUUCACGCUGCCCUCCAUAAGAACAAAAAAGAUGUUACAGACUCUUUUUAUCCAGCAAUGAGACUUGUUCUUCCUCAGUUAGAAAGAGAAAGAAUGGCUUACGGAAUCAAAGAAACGAUGCUUGCUAAGCUUUAUAUCGAAUUGCUGAAUUUACCAAAAGACGGGAAAGAUGCCCUCAAACUCCUGAACUACAGAACUCCCAUGGGAGCUCGCAGCGAUGCUGGGGACUUUGCAACGAUUGCGUACUUUGUACUAAAGCCAAGGUGCUUACAGAAAGGAAGCUUGACCAUACAGCAGGUAAACGAACUUUUAGACUCUGUCGCCAGCAGUAAUUCUGACAAAAGGAAAGACUUAAUAAAAAAGAGCCUGCUUCAGCUGAUAACUCAGAGCUCAGCACUUGAGCAAAAGUGGCUGAUCCGAAUGAUCGUCAAGGACUUAAAGCUUGGUGUUAGUCAGCAAACUAUCCUUUCGGUUUUCCAUAAUGAUGCUGUUGAGUUGCACAAUGUGACCACAGAUCUGGAGAAAGUCUGCAGGCAACUCCACGAUCCCUCAGUGGGGCUCAGUGACAUUUCCAUUACUUUGUUUUCUGCCUUUAAACCAAUGCUAGCUGCCAUAGCAGACAUUGAACGCAUCGAGAAGGACAUGAACAACCAGGGCUUUUACAUCGAGACGAAGCUGGAUGGAGAGCGUAUGCAGAUGCACAAAGAUGGAGACGAGUAUCAAUACUUCUCCCGAAAUGGGUAUAACUACACUGAUCAGUUUGGUGCUUCUUCACGGGAAGGCUCUCUCACCCCUUUCAUUCAUGACGCAUUCAAACCUGAUGUACAAGCCUGUAUCCUUGACGGAGAAAUGAUGGCCUACAACCCCAAUACACAAACUUUUAUGCAAAAGGGAAGUAAGUUCGAUAUUAAAAGAAUGGUAGAAGAUUCUGAUCUUCAGACUUGUUACUGUGUUUUUGAUGUACUGAUGGUUAAUAAGAAGAAACUAGGACGUGAGACCCUGAGAAAAAGAGGUGAGAUUCUUAGCAGUACUUUAGCACCAAUACAAGGACGAAUAGAAAUAGUGCAGAAAAGACAGGCUCAUACUAAGAAUGAAGUCGUUGAUGCAUUGAAUGAGGCAAUAGAUAAAAGAGAAGAAGGGAUCAUGAUAAAACACCCUCUGUCUAUUUAUAAGCCAGACAAAAGAGGUGAAGGAUGGUUGAAAAUUAAACCAGAGUAUGUCACAGGCCUAAUGGAUGAAUUGGACAUCUUAAUUGUGGGCGGCUACUGGGGUAAAGGUGCUCGGGGUGGAAUGAUGUCUCAUUUUUUGUGUGCUGUCGCAGAGAAGCCUCCUCCUGGGGAGAAACCAGCUGUAUUUCAUAGCCUCUGCCGUAUCGGCUCAGGGUACACUAUGAAAGAACUGUAUGAUCUGGGUCUGAAACUGGCCAAACACUGGAAGCCUUUCCAAAAGAAAACCCCACCAAGUAGUAUUUUAUGUGGAACAGAGAAGCCAGAAGUAUACAUUGAGCCCUGUAAUUCCGUCAUCAUUCAGGUGAAGGCAGCAGAGAUUGUCCCCAGCGAAAUGUAUAAAACCGGCAGCACGCUGCGUUUUCCACGCAUUGAGAAGAUAAGAGAGGACAAAGAGUGGUAUGAAUGCAUGACGCUGGAUGACUUGGAACAACUUAGAGGAAAAGCAUCUGGGAAGCUAGCAUCGAAGCACCUCUAUGUAGGUGAAAAUGAUGAACCUCGAGAAAAAAAGCGGAAAGCUGCCCCAAAGAUGAAGAAAGUUAUUGGGAUUAUCGAACACUUAAAAGCACCCAACCUAUCUAACAUAAGCAAAGUCUCUAACGUAUUUGAAGAUGUUGAGUUUUGUGUUAUGAGCGGAACAGACCAACAUCCAAAGAAAGAGCUGGAGAGCAGAAUUGCAGAACUGGGGGGUUACAUAGUACAGAAUCCAGGACCAGACACUUACUGCGUGAUUGCAGGGUCUGAGAACAUCAGGGUGAAGAACAUUAUUUCUUCAGAUCAACACGACGUUGUCAAGCCCGAGUGGCUGUUGGAGUGUUUCAAGACCAAAAGCUGUGUGCCCUGGCAACCUCGCUUUAUGAUUCACAUGUGUCCAUCCACAAAACAGCAUUUUGCUCGUGAGUACGAUUGCUACGGUGAUAGUUACUUUGUUGAUACCGAUGUGAAACAACUGCAAGAAGUGUUUUCAGGAAUAAAGACUUCUAGUGAGCAGACUCCAGAAGCAAUGAUGUCCGUGAUCGCUGAUUUGGAAUACCGGUACUCCUGGGACCGCUCUCCUCUUGCUAUGUUUCGCCACCACACUGUUUAUAUAGACUUGUACGCUGUUAUCAAUGACUUGAGUACCAAAAUGGAGGGGACAAGGUUAGCUAUUACAGCUCUAGAACUUCAGUUUUAUGGAGCAAAAGUUGUUUCCUGUUUAGCCGAGGGAGUAUCUCUUGUGAUCAUUGGACAGGACCACAGUCGUGUUGGGAAAUUUAAAGCUUUUAGAAGAACUUUUAAGAAAAAGUUUAAAAUCUUACAAGAAAGUUGGGUAACCGACUCACUAGACCAAUGUGAAUUACAGGAGGAAAAUCUGUAUUUGAUUUAAAGCUGGCUUUUGAGGAAAUCCUUGGAACUGAGACUUUUCACAAGGGUGACUGCAAAGCAUUAAGCAGUAUUUCAUGUUGCCUUUGAAAAUCAGUGCUGAAAAGUGCUUUUACAUGUAAAGAAACAUUAAUUUCACCUUUUAAAAUAGAAAAGGAACUGAAUGCCCAAAGCCUAGAAAUUCUCUUAGCAGGACAAGUACUUAGGAUUUUUAUAUUUAAAAAAUCAAAUAAUUUAAAGAGAAUCUAAACUUUUGACUCAGGUACUUAAAAAAUACAUUUAGAGCCCUUGGUGUCAUUAAAAGUAUUGAGGUAAGCAGACUUUUCUAAAGUUAAUUAAAAAUUUUGAUAGUUUUUUGGGAAACACGGUAUAAGACUUGUAAUUGGGCCUGUAACGUCUUUUUACUUGAAGAUAAAUGCUUCCUGUCAAUGGAAAAUGUUGAAAGCAUUUUUAAAAUUAAGAAUAAAUACACUAAAAAAUAAUACCCAAUCAUAUUUUUAUCUUGGGGGACCCUGAAUGAGACAUAGUAUUUAAACAUUUAAAACCAAACUGAGUUUUUAAGUUACAUAACAUUUAAUUCUUUUUCUAAAGUAGGAUAUUUUAAUAAAAGUAUCUUAUGUGAAUUUAUAAUCCACUGUGAAUAGUACUCACAUUAACUUUUCUGGAUUCAAUCCAUUGAGUAGGUGUCAAAAUGACAAAACCUUAUUUGUAAUUUUCAUUAGAGUGAAGUCUAUUACUGCUUUAAGGCUUUUAUGAAUAGGUUAAAGUCGAUGUGUACAGUGUAUAAUGCAUCUUGAUUUCUGCACUUGUGAAUCAAACUUGAGAUGCAGCAUAUGUUGAAAAUGUGCCUUAUUUGCUGGCUCUGAAAGAGGGGCAUUUGAUAUAUAGGUACUUACUGCAUAUAGAUUGCAACUAAUUUGAAGUUUUAUCAAAACAAUAGAAGGGUGCUUGAUGGAUAUACUUAAAUAAAACAUUUAAUAUAUUAUUAAAUUAA